UUUGUUACGCAUCCCCACUGAUCCUGCUCUUAAGGCUCCUCCGGCAGCUGGUCAGAUUAGAGGGGCCAGCGAGCGACACCGAGGACACUGCAGAUACCACACCGCACGACGCGACAGAUAACCAGAGAUAUAGUGGAGUAUAGAGUAUAGACCCGCCUACGGUAUAGAGUUGCCUCUAGCCUCCUCUCCUGCCACCUUUGCUUGUUGGCAGUUGUCAUAUUCCCCUAAAACUUGACUGAGGCAUUUUGGAGGAACUCUGAAGAGAACAACUGGAUUGGGUUACUUUGAGGAACUGGGAAAGUAACGGACAACCUGAGAGAAUCACUUGGCGCACCAAUAAGCGGAAGAACUGUGAGGAGACCUUUUAGAGACUGAAUCACUGGAUCAAACCCCACUUUGGUUUUUCCUUCACUGAAGGCAGCCAUGAGUGAGUUCGGCUACCGUCGGGAGCUGAGCAAGUAUGAGGACAUGGACGAGGACGAGCUGCUGGCCAUGUUGAGCCCAGAGGAGCUCCAGGAGCUGGAGAUGGAGCUGGCUGACAUCGAGCCGGACAGCAAUGUUCCUGUGGGCCUGAGGCAGCGGGACCAGACCGAGAAGACGCCCACGGGCACGUUCAGCCGAGAGGCCCUCAUGAAGUACUGGGAGAGGGAGACACAGAAGCUUCUAGAGGAGGAGAGGAGAGGGGCGAGCCCGGCACAGGAAGAAGCAGAGAGCGAGAGUGAAGAGGAGGAAUGUGGAACAGAGAGCAACAGUGACGCCUCUGAGGAUGAGAAAGACAAGCACGAAGCAGAUGAAAAAGAAAAAACUGAUGCUGGAAAAGAUGACGAGGAAGAGGAAGAAGAAGAGGAGGACGACGAAGAAGAGGAAGAGGAGAGUGAAGAAGAGGAACCUGUGACGGAAGAGGAGGAGGAGGAAGAAGAACAACAACAACAAAAGAAAGAACCAGAAACAAAACAGGAGAUUGUGAAACAAAACCACCUGGAAAAGCCAAACCAAAGCUUCAGUCAAACUCAAGAUCUCCCCAUCAGAAGAAGCCCACGCCCCCCAGUGGAAGACCCAUCCUCCAGUCAGGCCUCAGAAAACAACCCUACAGUAGUGGACGAUGUCUUGGAGAAGAUCCUCGCCGAUGACCCCGACACCACCGAGGUCAACCUCAACAACAUCGACAACAUCAAGCAGGAGAACCUCAUCCGUUUCGCAGAGGCUCUGCGUACCAACACGCAUGUGACCCACUUCAGCCUUGCCAACACUCGGGCUGACGACCAAGUGGCCUUUGCCAUAGCCAAGAUGCUGAGGGAGAACUGCCACAUCGUCCGCCUAAACAUCGAGUCCAACUUUGUUACGGGUAAAGGUGUGCUGGCCAUGGUCCAGGCCCUGACUAAAAACAAAACCCUCACCGAGCUGCGGUUCCACAACCAGCGGCACAUCUGCGGCGGGCAGGUGGAAAUGGAGAUGGUGAAGUUGCUCCGGGAGAACACCACCUUGUUGAAGCUGGGCUACCAGUUUGACCUGCCAGGCCCCAGGAUGAGCAUGACUGGCAUCCUCACCCGCAACCAGGACUUCCAGAGACAGAGGAGGCUUCAGGAGCAGAGGCAGCAAGGUGGGGCAGCGGCGUCGACAGGAGGGGCUAGCGCUCUCAACCCUCGCACCAGUGCCCUGCAGAAGAUCACCCCAACACCGUCUCCUUAUGGAUCCCCCAAGAGCUCUCCGUGGUCGUCCCCGAAGAUGUCUCGCAAUGCUCCCCCUGCACCUCCUCCACCCCCACCGCCACCUCCCCCACCUCCUCCCCCACCCCCACCUCCACCUUGCAAUGUGGCGCAGAAGAAAGAGAAGGAACCUCCGACCAGAAUGAUUGCAGAAGUGAUCCGACGACAUGAGGAGCUCAGCAAGAAUCAGCAGCAACCAGCAGUGCCCGUGAAGUUGAAGAGCAAGGGUAAGAAGAGCAAGAAAGGGGCCAAAGGGGCAUCAAAAAAGAAGGAGGCUAACAUCCUCAAAGAACUGAAAAAUGCCCUGAGGCCCACUGGCGAGAGGAGGCCUGAGCUAUCCAGGCCGUCCACCCCCCAGAGGUCGAGUCAUGACGAGCUAAUGGCGUCCAUUCGUGGAAGCAACAUGAAGACCCUCAGGAGGGUGGAGGUGCCUCAGCGUCUUCGAUAAUCCACGUCCAGAGGACGUCACGUCAGGAUAUACUGGCAACAGGGAAAAGCCAAAAGCGUGGAGUUUACUUCUCAAGUGGAACAAGCUGGAUAUUUGCACUGUAUAUGUCAUACUUGGAAUACUCAAAUGUGUUUCUUUUUUUCUAAUUUUGUUGGGACUGAAUCUUUUUAUUGUGUAUGGCAGUUUGUUGGUUUUAAAACUAGAUUUUGAAGAUUGAAAAAAAAAACAUGACUUCACUUGUGUACAAAUGUAAAUACAAAUCACCAAAUGUGAAUUAAAAAUAUGUGGCGUAUGUACUCGUUGUAUGAUUCAUAAAAAGUACAAUAUUCACUAAUUCCAAUUACAGCUAAACCCAUUACCAAGAAUAGAAGUUUCCAAAUGACUUUUCUAAACAUC